UAUGCUAUUGCUACUUGCUAGCGAAUAAAUCAACCAAUUCUUAAACCCUUGGAAAACCCCAUUUUUCUCUCAUUUGCCUCUCUACUACAAACUACAAAAAGACGCCAUUUUUCUGCUUCACCACCUUACUUACUCUCUCAUUCUCUCUCCUCUAAAAAGCUAUAUAAAAAAUGGCGCCAUUUAAUAAGAAUUUGAAGAGGAAAUCCAGAGAACAACGCCAAAAUAAACCUUCAAAAGCUGGUGAUACUGCUCCUACUCAGGCCUUACCUCUUCAAUCUGAUGAUGAUGUUCCUGAUUUUCCCAGAGGAGGGGGAAGCAAGUUGAGUCGGGAAGAGAGAGAUGAAAUUAGGGCUGGAGUCGACGAAGAGUUUGAUGCGAAACGGAGAGAUACAAAGAAGAAGAAAACAGGUAAGGGUUUUAAAGGGAGUCGGAAAUCGAAUGACGAUGAAUUGGGUUCGCUUUUCGGAGAGGGGAUUUCGGGGAAGUUGCCUAGGUUUGCUAAUAAGAUCACUUUGAAGAAUCUUUCUCCAGGGAUGAAGUUGUGGGGAGUGAUUGCAGAAGUUAAUGAGAAAGAUCUUGCAGUGAGCCUUCCUGGUGGUUUACGCGGAUUAGUUCGGGCUAGUGAAGCAGUUGAAUCUGCUUUAGCAGAUAAUAUUAAGGAUUUGGAGGGUCAUGUCCUCUCUGCACUGUAUCAUGUGGGCCAGCUAGUAUCUUGUGUAGUAUUGCAAGUGGAUGAUGAUAAGAAAGAGUCCGGAAAGAGGAGGGUUUGGCUUUCAUUACGUCUUUCUCUGUUGCACAAGAGCUACUCUUUGGACGCAGUUCAAGAAGGGAUGGUCUUGACUGCAAAUGUGAAAAGCAUUGAAGAUCAUGGUUACAUUCUCAACUUUGGGGUGCCUUCUUUUACUGGUUUUUUGCCAAAGAAAAGCGAGGAAGAUGCUAUGGAGUUUAAGUUGAUUACAGGGCAGCUCGUGCAGGGGGUUGUUAAAAGUAUUGAUAAAGUUCGUAAAGUAGUUUAUCUGUCUUCUGACAGAGAUAUAGUGUCCAAAUGUGUGCUGAAGGAUCUCAAGGGUAUCUCACUUGAUCUUCUUGUUCCAGGCAUGAUGGUUAAUGCCCGAAUACAGACUACCCUUGAAAACGGGAUCAUGUUAUCAUUCCUUACUUAUUUCACUGGAACUGUUGAUAAGUUUCACCUGCAGAAUGCAUUUCCUGCAUCUGACUGGAAAAAGCAGUAUGAGAAAAAUAAAAAGGUCAAUGCUCGAAUUCUCUUUAUUGAUCCGUCUAGCAGGGCUGUCGGUUUGACAAUGAAUCCUCAUCUACUCCUCAACAAGGCUCCUCCUUUGCUCAUCAAGAUAGGUGAAAUAUAUGAACAUUCGAAAAUCAUCAGAGUAGAUAAGGAUUGGGGUCUUUUGCUUGAGAUUCCAUCCCCUCAAGCUCCCACUCCGGCGUAUGUGACUAUAUCUGAUGUGGCUGAUGAAGACGGCAUUAAGCUUGAGAAAAAGUUUAGGGAAGGAAAUGAUGUUCGAGUAAGAAUACUUGGGUUUAGGCACUUGGAUGGGCUUGCUAUGGGUGUUAUGAAGGCUAGUGCUUUUGAAGGUGCGGUCUUUACUCAUGCAGAUGUUAAGCCUGGGAUGAUAGUGAAGGCUAAAGUCAUUGCUGUGAAGAGCCAAGAUGCUAUUGUGCAAUUUCACAGUGGUGUCAAGGCCUCUUGCCCCCUACGACAUAUGUCUGAAUUUGAGAUCGAGAAGCCUCGUAAAAAGUUUAAGGUUGGUGCGGAGUUGAUCUUUCGUGUUCUUGGUUGCAAGUCAAAGAGGAUAACUGUUACGCAUAAGAAAACACUUGUGAAAUCAAAACUCAGCAUUCUGAGCUCUUAUGCUGAUGCAACUGAAGGGUUAGUAACCCAUGGGUGGAUUAUGAAGAUUGACAACCGUGGAUGCACUGUCCGAUUUUACAAUGGAGUUCAAGGAUUUGCCCCCAGAUCUGAGCUUGGUUUAGAGCCAGGAUGUGACACAAGCUCAAGAUACCAUGUUGAUCAAGUAGUAAAAUGCAGAGUAACAAGUGUUUCACAUGGUAUCAAUCUUAGUUUCAUUAUUUCACCAACAAAGCUUUCUGAGGAUGACAUGGUCAAGUUGGGUAGUGUGGUAUCUGGAGUGGUUGAGCUUGUCAUGCCAGAUGUCGUAUUCUUACAUGUAAAUGUAAAAGGAAACAUGAAGGGUACAAUUUAUACUGAACAUUUGGCUGACCACCAGGCACAAUCUGCUCAGAUGAAGUCGGUCUUGAAGCCUGGCCAUGAACUUUCUGAGCUGCUGGUUCUAGAUAUUGAAGGAAACAAUUUAAUACUUAGUGCAAAAUAUUCUCUCAUUCAUGCUGUACCACAGCUUCCUGCUGAUAUUACACAGGUUACUUUGAACUCGGUGAUCAAUGGUUAUGUAUGUAAUUUGAUUGAAAAUGGAUGUUUUGUUCGCUUUCUUGGGCGUUUGACCGGCUUCUCUCCGAGGAAAAAGGCACUAGAUGACAGGAACACUAAUCUUUCUGAUAUAUUUUUCGUUGGACAAUCUGUGCGCUGCAAUAUUGCUGAAAUUAACAAUGAAAGUGGUCGCUUAACAUUGUCACUAAGGCAGUCCAGUUGCUCAUCUACUGAUGCUUCCUUCCUCCAAUCAUAUUUUCUAACAGAGGAGAAGAUUGCUGAGCUUCAUAUGUCGGAUUUAAGAAGCUCCAAGUUUAGCUGGCCCGAAAAUUUGAAUAUAGGAUGUGUAGUUGAGGGUAGAAUUAGUGAGGCAAAGGAAUUUGGGGUUGUUAUCAGCUUUGAGAAAUAUACUGAUGUUUUUGGUUUCAUCACACAGUAUCAGCUGCGUGGAAAGACUCCUGAAUCUGGCUCCACUGUUCGAGCUGUUAUUCUUGAUGUUGCUAAGUCAGAGCGCCUAGUUGACCUAUCUUUGAGGCCAGAAUUUGUUGAGAAGUCUGAAGGGGAUGCUAGUAAAUCCACAAUAUCUAAGAAGAAAAGAAAAAGAGAACUGAAAGAACUUAAAGUGCAUGAAACAGUAACUGCUGUAGUUGAAAUAGUUAAAGAGGGUUACUUGGUAGUUUCGUUACCAGAGCAUAAUUUUACUAUAGGAUAUGCAGCAGCAACUGAUUACAAUUUGCAAAGGUUACAACGGAAGCAGUUCUCCAGUGGUCAAAGAGUUGUUGCAACUAUCAUGGCACUUCCAAGUGAUUCAACAGCGGGCAGGUUGCUUUUGCUCCUUGAAUCUUCUAACCAGGUUGUGGAGACGUCAAGCUCAAAGAAGGCAAAGAAGAAAUCUGAAUAUGAUAUUGGCUCUCAGGUCCAUGCAGAGAUUACAGAUAUUAAACCUCUUGAGCUACGUUUAAAGUUUGGGAUUGGGUAUCGUGGGAGAGUUCACAUUACAGAGGUACAUGAUGAGAAUGUUGUUGAAGAUCCCUUCUCAGUAUACAAAGUGGGGCAGACAUUGACUGCUAGGAUUGUUGCAAAUUGUGUGAAGCCAGAGAACACUAAGAAAGGCAGCCUGUGGGAACUGUCUAUCAAACCAUCGACGGUAUCAGGUUCCAGUCUGACUAAAGAUGUGCAAAUAGCUGAGGCAUUCGACUUUUCGGUAGGACAGCACAUCAGUGGUUAUGUCUACAAAGUAGAUAAAGAGUGGGUCUGGUUAGCAGUCUCUCGGCAAGUGAAGGCUAAGCUUUUCAUUCUCGACAGUGCAUGUGAACCUGGCGAUUUGGAGAACUUUCAGAAGCGUUUCCGGGUGGGAGCUACUCUCUCUGGAUACAUCUUGAGCAUGAAUAGAGAGAAAAUGUCCUUGCGUUUAGUUAUGCACCCAUUUUCUGCCACCUCCAAUGGAUUAUUUGGUGGACUGAAGAACUGUUAUACUUCAGAUGAGAAGGAAGUGCAUCAUCUUCAGAGUGGAGGUGUUCGUGGUGGUAGAGUGUGGAGGAUUCUUCCGGGUGUUGGGGGAAUGCUUGUGCAGGUAGGACCUUACCUGUAUGGUAAAGUUCACUACACUGAGCUUACUGACAGCUGGGUUUCUGAUCCCUUAUCUGGCUAUCAUGAGGGUCAAUUCGUUAAGUGCAAAAUCCUCGAUGUCAACAACUCAGCUAAUGGAAAUGUCCAUAUUGACUUAUCAUUGCGCUCCUUUGAGGAUGCUGUUAUUGGAGACACUCGUAGCAGUCGUAUUCAAAAGAUUGAAGACCUUGAGCUUGAUAUGGUGGUGAAUGGUUAUGUUAAGAGUAUUACUCCCAAGGGAUGCUUCAUUCUUCUUUCCAGGCACAUUGAUGCAAAAAUCAAGCUUUCCAACUUGUCUGAUGGGUAUGUUGAAGACCCUAUGAAGGAAUUUCCAGUUGGUAAACUUGUUAAGGGGAAAGUCCUCUCUGUCGAACCUUUAUCGGGACGUGUUGAAGUUACUCUGAAGGUGGAUAGUAAGAGUAGCAGAUCUGAGUUGAGUGAUUUAGGUUGUCUAAGUGUUGGUGAUGUUGUAAAAGGUAGCAUUAAACGAGUCGUACCUUUUGGUCUCUUUAUUGUGAUUGAUAACACAAACUUGAAUGGAUUAUGCCAUGUGUCAGAGAUUUCUGAUGACCAUGUUGACAAUCUUGAUGACCAUUUCAGACCAGGGGGAAGAGUUACUGCAAAAGUUUUGAAAGUGGAUACUGAAAAACACAGAAUAUCACUUGGAAUGAAGUCUUCAUAUUUUGAGGAUGAGCUUGGUAAUAAUCAUGGAAUGAUGGAGGUUGAUUCAGUUGACGAUCCUACAAUUGUGGCUCAAGCGAAGGCUGACAUGCCUCAAAUUACACAUUCAGAUUUCUUAUUUGAACAUGAAGAGGGAUCAGCUCUUGUCCAAGUGGAAUCAAGGGCUUCUGUGCCUCCUCUGGAGGUUACUCUUGAUGAUAAUGAGGAUGACGAAGUGUUUGCUCUACCUGACAAGAAGGAAAUAAUUGUUAAUGGUUCCAGUGCCAUUGAUGAGAAGAACAAGAGGCAGGCUAAGAAAAAGGCCAAGGAAGAGAAGGAACAAGAAAUCAUGGCUGCUGAACAACGUUUGCUUGAGAGAGAUAUUCCGAGAACUACCGAUGAGUUCGAGAAAGUAGUUAGAAGCUCCCCCAACAGCAGCUUCGUCUGGAUAAAAUACAUGCAGUUUAUGCUUUCUAUGGCCGAUGUCGAGGGAGCCCGAUCAGUAGCUGAAAGGGCCUUGAAAACAAUCAACAUCACUUGUGACAAUGAGAAGCUGAACGUAUGGGUAGCAUACCUUAAUUUGGAAAAUCAGUAUGGGAAUCCCUCUGAGGAGGCGGUAGCAAAACUAUUUCAGAGAGCACUGCAGUACUGCGAUCACCUAAAGUUGCAUUUGGAGCUAUUAGGAUUGUAUGAAAGGACAGAACAGCAUAAAUUGGCUGACGAGCUUCUUGACAAAAUGGUUAAAAAGUUCAAACAGUCAUGCGAGGUAUGGCUGAGGAGAAUCCAGUGGCUAUUAAAGCAAAAGCCUGAUGAAGUUGAUAAGAUGAUGAAUCGUGCUCUUUUAUCACUCCCUAAGCAUGAAGUUGUACAGUUUCUUUCACAAGUGGCUAUCCUUGAGUUUAAAAAUGGGGUUCCAGAUAAAGGGCGGUCAAUAUUUGAGAAAAUGUUGCGUGAAUACCCGAAGAGGAGGGACCUGUGGAGUGUUUAUCUUGAUCAGGAAAUUCGAUUGGGUGAUGUUGACUUUAUCCGUGCGUUGUUUGAGAGAGCAACUAGUAUGAGUGUUCCAGCAAAAAAGAUGAAGUUCUUGUUCAAGAAAUAUCUCAAUUUUGAAAAGUCACUUGGUGAUGAGAAGCGGAUUCAGUAUGUCAUUCAGAAGGCCAGAGAGUACGUAGAAACAGCUGCGGCAUGAGAUGGACUGAUUUUGUUGUUUCCCUUCACCUUCCUUUCUCGGUUUCUCCCAUUGGUUCGUUCACCAGAAUGAAGACAACUGAUACGAGGCAUUAAGUGCUCACCAUUGGUAUCAUCGGAAACUGGGUUGAGAUCACUCAGUCCGAUUGGUACAGUGGUGAGGGAAGGAUCCAUCCAAGCUGCAAUAGACAUCCCCCUUCUUUUCCAUGAAGUUUGUCUGGAUUUGGGGAAAAUACGGGCCGCUUCGGAGAGCUCUAUACCAAGACAUUGGUGAGUAGGCUCUUGAUUUAGGCUUAUAAUUAUGUAUGUUGGUAUGAAGAGGUAUAAAUUUUGGAUUGUUACUAUAGGGUAAAAGCCUAUUAUUUCUUUAUAGGAUGGAUAGAAGUUACUUUCACCCGAUGAGCUUGUAAAAUGUGUUUUUUUGGGAGUGUAGUAUUCACUUCUGGAUUGUGAAAAUCAUCACUCCGAGGAUGCCGCGAGUUCAAAUACAUCAAAUACCAAGUACAUGUAAUUUGCCAAAAAAUUAUUUAUAUUUGUGUCCUUGUAUAUUAUGGAAUUUUAUUUUGGAAUUA